AUGAAAAGAGCUCACGCUCAAUGGCUCAUGAUUUUAACCGCCACUUCCCUCCUCUUCCUCAUCGUUCUCCUUACCGUAACCCUAACCGGCCACGGUAAAUACUCCUCCGGCGCCUCCGAUUUUUACUACGAGCAGCGCCAGUUUACCACUCUGGACCGAAACUUUGGAGAUACUGCCGAAAACAACGACGGCGACAGCAACCGGUUAGGGCUUCCGAAACUCCCGGGAUUCGCUUACCUCAUAUCGGGCUCCAAGGGCGAUGGCCCCCAGCUGCGGCGGUUGCUUCAGGCGCUUUACCACCCGAGAAAUUACUAUUUGCUGCACCUCGAUCUCGAAGCUUCGGACGCCGAGAGGCUCGAGCUGGCGAAAUUCGUGAAAUCGGAGGCUGUCAUUCGGGAGUUUCGGAAUGCCAUGGUGAUCGGAAAAGCCGAUUUGGUCACCGCCAAGGGCCCCACUAUGAUUGCCUCCACGCUUCACGCCAUUGCGAUUUUGCUCAAGCGGGCUAAGGAUUGGGAUUGGUUUAUUAAUCUCAGCGCCUCAGAUUAUCCUCUUAUGUCCCAAGAUGAGCUUUUGCAUAUUUUUUCUUUCUUGCCGAGGGAGCUCAACUUCUUGGAGCACACUAGCAAUAUUGGGUGGAAAGAAAAUCAAAGGGCAAGGCCUAUUAUUGUUGAUCCUGGCUUGUACCACUCUAAGAAAUCCGGUGUGUUUUGGGCUAAAGAGAGAAGGUCAAUGCCUGCUUCCUUCAAGUUAUUCAUGGGGUCCACGUGGGUGGUGCUGACCAAAUCGUUUCUUGAGUUCUGUGUUUUGGGGUGGGACAAUCUUCCCCGCACUCUUCUCAUGUAUUACACCAAUUUCUUGUCAUCCCCAGAGGGCUACUUCCACACCCUUGCGUGCAACCACAAGGACUACCAGAACACGACCGUGAAUCAUAACUUGCAUUACAUAAGGUGGGAUAGCCCUCCGAAGGCAAAUCCAAUUAACCUAACGCUGGAACAUUACAAUGACAUGGCCCAAAGUGGAGCUCCUUUUGCUGGUUCAUUUGCCAGGGACGAUCCGGUUCUCGACAUAAUUGACAAGGAGCUCUUGAAGAGACCAAGAGGCCAGUUUACACCGGGUGGUUGGUGUUUAGGGAAGUUAGGUAAGGAUCUGUGUUUAGCUUGUGGCAACCCAAAUGCUGUAAAACCAAGUGUAGUUUCAAAGAGGCUAGAGAAACUCGUUGUGAAACUUCUUGAUUCUGAAAAUUUCCGGCCUAAGCAAUGUAAAUAG